AUGACCCUCAACACUCUUCGAGCGUUGGCUCUUGAAGUAUGCCACUUAUCUUCAGAGAAGAUCAUUAUCCAGGGCUUCAAUCAACACAGCCAAAAGGCAUUGGGAUCGAUCACUCUUCCCCUCAAAUUUGGAAAAAUAUCAUCUAACGUGAAAUUCCAUGUAAUUGAUACUGAUGCUUCCUAUAAAGCCCUCUUAGGAAGGCCAUGGAUUCAUGAAAACCAGUUGGUUCCUUCAACACUGCAUCAAUGCGCAAAGUAUUUGGUAGAUGGGGAAGAGUUCAGAAUUGAUGGAGAGAUCCAACCCUUUGGCAUCCAUGAAAUACACUAUGAGGAUGCGAGGUAUUAUCUUAACGCAUCCAAGUUAACCAAAGGGGGCAAAUUGCCGUGCCCAGAAGAAGUGUCUUUGAUCAAGACAGCCAAAACUACUCUUGUGCUCCAGAAAAGAGAAUCAGCGCCACCUCACUUUGGUAGUGACACUGAGUCAUCAGAAGAUGAGAGCGAUGCAGAUAUACACCAAAGAUUGGAUGAUGAGGUGGCUGUUCACAGACUGACCAUUGAUCCUAAUGCUACUCCAGUCAAACAGGCACCAAGAAAGAUGAAGUUUGACCUAGAAGAAAAGAAGGCAAUUAAAGGGCAGGCUCUGGCAGACUUUCUAGCAGCACAUCCUCUCCUUGAUGAUUCACCGCUUAAUCUUGAACUCCCUGAUGAAGAGACAUUAAUGCCCGGAUUGAUGGAUGCUCUUGUUCAGGCUUUUAAAGAUGGUGAUAAUAGUAAGCUGAGUACUUUAUCUGGUCUCAAAACUGUUGAUAAUGAGGAAUAG